AUGGAAGAGUUAAAAGAAAUUAUUAUUCGAACUCUUGAUGCCGCUGGAGUUCUUGAUAAAAUAAGAGCACAGCUCAGGCUAAAUGUAUUUAAAGCAGUCCAAAAUGACGAAGGCAAAAUUCAUAUUGAUAAAUCCAAAGCAAUUGCGGCAACUCAAACCCCGGAAGGGAAAUUAGCAGCGUAUUUGUUUACUCCCCCCCCCUCCGUGAGUGAAUAAAACCAUUAGAAAAAUCCCUAUUUUUUGCCCAAAAACCCACCCUCCGUGAGUGAACAAAAAUUUUUUUUAAAUAGAAGAAUUUUUUUAUGGAAAUAAAUUUUGAUAUAUAUAAGUGAUAAUUAGUAUAAUGAAAUCUAGAGCUAAUUCUGUUUUAAUUUUAAACAAAUUGCUUUUUAAAAUAUAAAUUUUAUAAAUUAAAUUAAUAUUUGCUUUCCAAUUUUUGCAAAUUAGGAUUUUUUAAAAUUCGAAAAAAAAAAACUUUCUAUAAAAUUUAUAUAUAAAUUUUUUUUUAAAAAAAAAAAAUUAACCCCCCUCCGUGAGUGAACAAAAACAUUUUGUUCACUCACGGAAGGGGGGGGAGUUAGGGAUUUUAUGGAGUGCUAUAAGAUGAAGUUCACGCUUAAUGUCUUUGUGCCAGAGUGCCAUUUGCUACCAAUUGAAGAUAUUCGUGGUUAUCUUCAAAACGAGCUAAAAGUUACUCCUCCAUCUGAUGUCGCAUUCUUGACUUUCAUGAUUCAAAAUAUGCUGCCUAAAGCGGAGUCUAAACCAGAGCCAAAACCUGAGCUAAAAUCAAAUCCUCAGCCAGUAAAUCCUGAGCCUGCUGCUAAACAACAGCUGGGACCGAUCGCAAAAUCAAAUUUAGCUCCUCUUUCAAAACAGCCUCUUCCCAACAUCCCACCGUUAAACUCCCAAAAACUAGGAAAAUUCAUAUCCCCUCCUCCAGAAUCCUCACUCCCCCCCCCCCCUUUAAAUUGAAACAAAAAAUUUUGUUUCAAUUUUAAAAAUUUAAAGGGUGGUUAAGAAAUUUUUUUAUAAAAAAAUUUAUAUAUAAAAAUUUUUUCAGAGAUAAAAUUUUAUAGAAAAUAAAUUAUUCAUAAAAUUUCUCAAUCUCAAAGUGUAAACUUGCUGAAAUGGUAUUCUUCUAACUCUCCCCAUAACAAUUGGACAAAAUAGAGUUUAAUUUCUAAAUCUUAUAUGUUUGAGGCAUAUUAAAUAGGGUAUUAACGUAUUUACAUAUAAAAUAAUGAUUUUUACCCUAUAAAAUUUUCUAUUAUAAUAAAAUUUUGUUUCAAUUUAAAGGGGGGGUAAUUUCCCAAAAAAGUAGGAAUUUUACCUAUAUUUUGUUUCAAUUUAAAGGGGGGGGGAGUCAGAAAGUCCUAGAUCUGAUUCUCCUCCUCCUUCAAAGCCCGCUCCAAAAUCCCAACUUCAAAACAUCCCUCCACUCAAAAAUCAAAAAUCUCCCCCCUUCGCCGCUCCUGAAAUAGCUUCAGAUUCAGGCUCAGAACCCGAAUUAAGACCUCCAGAAAAGAAAACCUCAAACAUACCUCCUUUAGGUCAACAAAAAGCCAAAUUUGUCCCGCCUGAAAUUGAUGCGGGCAGUCUGAGCGAUUCUAGAGAAGAAGACUGGAAAAAGAAACCGAACAAAUUUGAUACGGUUGACGAAGAAAAAAAGCGACUGCAAGAUAUCGAUAAAAGGAUACAAGAAAUAAACAAAGGGGACGACCUAAAAAAACUUAUAGAAAUCCAAGGAGAAAGCCCGCAGCUAAGCUAUGAAGAAGACUACGAAGAAGAGGCAGGAUCCCAAGACUACUACGAAGAAAGGUUUUCAGAAGACGAAAGCUUUAACUCCAUAAUAUUAGACGACUACGACAUCAGAGAGCCUGCCCAGCUAGUUUAA